AUGGCAGGUGAAACUUACGAAGGAUGGGCUAGAUCCAUAAGGAAAACCCUAAGAGUAAGGAAGAGAUUUGGCUUCGUGGAUGGUACGACCAAGAAGCCUAAUGAAGAUUCACCAGACUUGGAAGAUUGGUGGACUAUAAAUUCAUUGUUGGUGUCGUGGAUUCGCACCACCAUAAAACCAACGCUUCGCUCAACGAUUUCACAUAAAGAGGAAGCGGAAGAAUUAUGGACCAGCAUCCGAGAGCAGUUCGUCGUUAUCAACCGCCCUCAGAUGCAUCAACUAAAGGCGGAACUCGCGGAGUGCAAGCAGAAGGGAAGGACCAUAGUGGAUUACUAUGGAAAACUCACUAAGCUGUGGGAGAAAUUGAAAAAUUACGAACAAAUUCUGACUUUCAAGUGCGGAAAGUGCACGUUCAAUGUAGGGACGGCCCUAGAACCCAAUAGAGAAGAAGAAAAAGUGCAUCUUUUCCUCAUGGGAUUGGAUAAAGCAAUGUAUGGAACGAUUGGUGGCCGGAAAAGCAAAAAUGAAAUGAAAAAAUCAGAGGACGAGGACAACAACAACAGAGAGGUGGACCAGGAUCCAGUCGUGGAAGAGGCAACUACCGGGCUGACGCCGUAG